CCCUUUUAUCUCAGCGGAUGUGGAGAUGAUGAUUUCUCCGCAUCCCGUCCGGUAAUAGUAGAUUUCGUCUCAUUUAAUCACUGCUUCUACGACGAAAAACGUGGUUAUCAGACGUCAAUUUUCCAUCAAGGUUAUUUCGUUAUUCUAGGUAUAAUUUGCGGAGAUUGAAUCUUCACUACCAACUCGGCCUGCUUUUUGGUUCUUCUAUCUUAUCAAUAGUCGUGCUUUUCUUUUGACUUAAGUCCCACGGGAAAUAUCUCCGGAAUAUUAACAAUGACCACAUCUAAUCUACCCAAAACUAUGAAAGCUCAAGUUCUCGAAGCAUUCAAGUCACCUUAUGUGCUUCGAGAAGUUCCUCUUCCCAAAAUCUCUUCUCCACAUGACAUCCUGAUCAAAGUCGAUGCUGCUUCAUACUGUCAUACAGAUGCGGUCCUUGCAGCGGGUGACAUGCCACCAAAUCCCCGCUCAUUUCCACAUGUUGGUUCUCAUGAGUUCGCAGGGACAGUGGUCGCAAUACCGCCGAAUGGGACGGUAGAUUUCAAACCAGGCGACCGUGUUGGUGUUCCUGGCCGCGCACUACAUGCAUGUGGUGUAUGUGAUGAAUGUCAGGAUGAGAAACGUCCCGAGAACGAUUUGGCUAGAUACUCUGUAUUUUGCCCCGCGUCAGAGGGUAAUGGGGUCUCUGUCGAUGGGGGUUUCAGGGAGUACGCGGUAGUGGAUGCAAGGCAGAUAGUGCCGAUACCAUCUGAACUGAGCGCAGCAGAGACAGCUCCUAUGAUGUGCGCAGGCGUCACUAUCUAUGCUGCUUUGAAGAGAUGCGGGCUCGCGCGCGGACAGCGAGUGGGGAUAAUCGGAUGCGGUGGCGGUCUUGGACAUCUAGGACUGCAGUUUGGAGUCAAGAUGGGCUUGGAAGUCUUCGGUAUCGACAAUUCAGAUACAUCAUUAAAACUGGCGCGUGGUUUGAAUACCGGCGCGCGAAUUGUGGAUUCGAGAGUGGAAAACGCUGCAGAGAUUGCUCGUCAGAUCGGCCUCGCAGACAGCAAGAAAUAUCCAGGAGAGAUGGGUCUCGACGCCGUGAUCAUCCUGGCGGAAAGUCAGAACGGUUUCGAUUACGGGAUGAAGUUGCUGAAGAAUCAUGGGAAAUUGGUCCUGGUCUCGUUUCCUAAGGAAGGGUUCCAUAUUUCAUCCCGAGAUAUUGUCUUCCGAGACAUAUCGAUAGUAGGGAGUUUGGUAGGUGGUCGGAAGACGUUGAAGGAGAUGUUGGAAUUCUCAGCCAGACAUAGCAUCAGACCGAUCAUUAAGCGAUAUCCUCUGUCGAAAUUGAAUGAGCUCGUUGGUGAUUAUAGUCGUGGAAUUGGCGGGAAAUUGAUUGUGGAUAUGUCUCUGGAGGAGUGAGCGAGUUAAGCUAUGUGAUAGUAUUAGAUUAUCUUCUAUGAUACUUGCAGUCAGUUCACUUUUCCUUGUCUUGGUAACCUACUUUUGGAUAAUUAUUAGGAAGAUUAAAUAUAUUCCCUGCCUAUUCCGUUUGCUUCAUCCCAGUACUUAAGAUAUCACCUGUGAAGUUGCAGCAUGCUUCCUUCAUUGACUUGAAAUAUCAUAUUAAUUCCAGUCGCGCAAUGUGCUAGAAAAGGGAAGUCUCAUGUAGAGCCAAUCUCGAGGUAAUAAUUUCAGCUAGUUUGAUGAGCUUGGUGCGUAGUGGGAUAUCAAUUUCAUUUCCACCAAGGUACUCGUAGAUAUUCC